AUGUGUACUUUAGACUUCCUUGAUAUUUACGACGACCAACGGCACUGGCGGAUAUGCGGUGACUGGGGCGGACGUCAGCAGCUGCUGUAUUUUGUAUUCAACUCUUCCACCAUCAACGUGAAGUUUACGUCAAAUAACAGCUCUACAAGGCCCGGGUUUACCCUGAACUGGGCCUCCACCGUGGAAGCAACGUCCGCACCACACAAUUCUUGUAUGGAUCCCCUACUGGAGACGGAAAGUGCGUGCUUUGAGCUGAUGAGGGAGGGUGCUGAUUGGUUGACGGGCCACAACACGUGUAGGAUGCGCGGUGCCACCCUAGCGCACGUGGAUAGCGUGGACACACACCUCGCACUGGAGAGGGAAAUACUCGAACGAAACGUGUCGGCGGUUUGGAUCGGAGCCCAUGACCGCCUUUACGAAGGAGACUUCAUGUGGACAGACAGGUCCGCCAUCAACUUCCACAACUGGUUUCCUGGCUGGAUCCGCGGUAACCUGACGGUUGGUGGGAGCCAACCUAGCGAUGACGGAUGGGCGGACGAGGAUUGUGUUGAAAUGCGGCGCUUGUUUGCCCUCCCGGACAAGGGGACCGGUUUCACGGAGACCUACUUUUGGAAUGACCGGAACUGUGAUGUCCGAAACCCAUUCGUCUGUCAGUACGAUAAACUCAGAGGUAGGGGCAAUGCAAAACCGCAGUCAAAUAUGUUUCGUGUAAAUUGA